GUGUUGAAAAUUUGUGACUACCAAAGCGCAAAACUAGCCAGAAAGCAACAAAAAAAAAACAGCACUAGCCAGGCAGGCAAUCUGGCUACAAAAUUACUACACCAAAUACAUUUGAAAACAGAAAUGUCAUACGCUAUGAUCUAAAAAUAUUCAAAAGAAUAUUUUCAUCCUAAAAUUGGCAGAAAAAUAAGAAUAUACAGCCUUGGCCGGAAAAACAACACUCUAAUAUAAAAGAUUAUAGUGUAUUAGCUUUUAGGAUUUUUAUCUCAAAAUUGUGCCUUCAUUACAUAUAUAGAUUGUAACGGUUUAUAAAGAUUGCAUUGUACCGUAGAAAAAUUAUUGGCAACGGCCUUAGGUCGGAGACUUAUUAGCAGGAAUUCUACAAAUUGUUAUUUUCUUUGCAGCACUACCAACACUGCACGUCCUGUAAAAUGGCUGACAACUCUCCAUUGAAACAAAACAAAAGUCGAAGCGUUUAUUGAUCUGGUUGGUUUACAGAGCAUCGUCCACACCCUAACACUCGACUAGCACCCUUUAAACGUUGUGAUUUUGCCAUGAAAAUUAUGAAUCGAAACGCAUUACAUUCACUGGCAAGUUAUUGUCUAAAGUCGUUUUGCCCUCCCUCGCGUUGGAGAAGGAAAUUAUUGAAUGCUAAGAACGCUAGUAAUGAAAAAUCUUGUAUCGAACCGAUUUGCGUGUGACCUUUGUCAGGUGUAAGUGUUUGUUCCAGUUCUCAAAACAGACAAGCCAGAAGAAUUGAGAAAAAGCAAAUAUGUCAGUGAUGUCAUACAGUCGACUUCAUUUAGUCACGUAGCGUACAACAUGAACUUAAAACUGUAAUGUGAACAUCUUCCACGUUUUCCGCGAUGUUUUUGUGUCUUUAUUUUCGUUUUGGACGAAAAGUUUGGUUACGAAAGUUCCCACUCGUUAGCGCAAGGACGUAAAAAUGCGAACUUCGCUAAAUAAUACCGGAUGAGCUGGGCUUUCAACUAGUCACGAUGUCUGACUCAACGGAAAAGUUUAUUUGCCAAGGAUUAGUCCCUCAAAAUAACAACAGGGAAAAGUCUUGCAUAUUUGUGAUAGCUGAAUGAUACAGUCACUACGUGAGUACGGGAUGAAAACUGAAGGCCUUAUCUAUUGACGCAAACACGGAUUCUUACGCGCAGAACGUUUGAUUCUUUUGUUGCAAUAAUCACAAAUGGUGAUCUAAUUUCGUGUGUUUGUUUGACACCAGUUUCCUAAGAUUGCCUCGUUGUAUCAUUCAUGCCCGAAAUUAGCAUUUCAAUGACUAGCGUAGUAUUUUUCACACCCAGUGUUUGUAUUUUCCGGUAAAAGAUGAUUAAAAUUAAAUUUCUUUUCUGCGCUUUGAUAGAAGAGUGCGUAGUUUUGUGAAUUUGAAUCGACCUAGUGCGAAGCGGACAGAAAACGUGUCUCACUCUGUCUUUUUAUACUAUGACCCGUUUGGCCACGUUAGCUGGUUUGAUUUUCAUCACACAAUCAGCGUGUUACGCUUGUUCCACAGCUCUGGGAAUGCAGAAAGGUCAUAGUACGAGUAUUGGUGAUAACCAGAUCUCGGCUUCCUCACAAUCAUCUCUUCAAGCCAGACCAUCUCUGGCAAGAUUGAACGAGGAUAGGGAUCUUGGAGGAUGGUGUGCACGUGGAGAAGAUAGAAACCCGUAUCUUCAAAUCGACCUGCUGAUGCCUCACACCAUCACCAAACUGGCGACACAGGGAGCUUCGAACAACUGGGUGAAGAAAUUCAGCUUAGCCUUCAGUUACGAUAACAUUACUUGGUUUAACUACACUGUCAACGGGAAUCUGAAGUAUUUUAAGGGUCCAAGAAACCAAUAUCGGCCGGCAUGGAAUAGCCUAACACAGCCACUGACGGCUCGCGCUGUUCGCUUUUACCCCGUGUACGAUCCUAGGAUGUCAUCCUGUCUUAGGGUGGAGCUGUAUGGCUGUCUACCAAGUGAAGACUGUAACACUCCAGUCGGCGUUGAAAGUCGCAAGAUCUCAGACCAGCAGAUAUCCGCCUCAUCUCACUGGAAUCAACAUUACGGCUCCAAUGGUCGACUUAACAAUAAAGCCAGCGUCGACAGCUCCGGUAAUCUGACUUGGGGAGGAUGGUGUACAGAUAAGCUUGAUAAGAAUCAGUAUUUGCAGGUUGAUCUGGGUCGAGUGCGGUCCCUCUCCGGAGUAGCAACCCAAGGCUACAUGUGGGGAAUGUUUGUAUCCAGUUACAGGGUGAAUUACAGCACUGAUGGUUACACGUGGCGCUCCUACAAGAACAGAGGAGACAGUCGCAGCAAGACUUUUCACGGUAACUGGGACAACGAAACAGUCAUAAAGAAAGUGUUCUCGAGGAGGAUAUUUGCGCGUUACAUUCGCUUCAACCCUGUUACUUGGAACGCAAAUGGCUACAUCUGCAUGCGAGUUGAGAUCUACGAAUGCCUUCCAACCAAAGGAAGCGUACCGGAAGUGAGCCCUCCGAGUGAAACAGUAGAACUGAACCGUACGAGCUCCGUCAACUUGACGUGUCUAGUUUCCGGUCAGCCGGGAGCACAUAUGGAGUGGUACAAGAACGGACUGCGGAUCCCUGACCUGUCCAUCAUCCGUCGCACACAAUAUGGCAACGGCAGCGUAAAGAGUGUGUUGACUCUAAAACGUGUCAAGUACAGAGAUCGAGGCUCUAUUGUGUCCUGUACGGCCUGGUAUCCUUCACUGUCGAUCAAUUCGACACGGAAUAUUCACCUUCUUGUACAUGCUCCCCGCCCUGUCAUGGCUAUCAUUGGAAUCCAGUCCCACACGGUACAGCUUCGAGUAACAGACCCUACUCCCACGGACACAGCGAAGUACAUUGUGCGCUAUAAAACACGCUCAUCUCACUCAGACUGGGUACCAGUCUUACGAAACAAGACCAGCGCAGUUCGUGUUACAGUGAUCACCUUAGACGGGUUACACCCUUACACGACGUACCUGAUGGAGUUAGCGACUCAAUACAAGGAUGGUGACGAAGGACCGUAUAGUGUACCACAUUCGUUUGCGACAGAACAAGCAGCCCCGAGUGGUCCCCCACGUGAUGUCGUCAUAAUACCGCGUGGUAAAAACACCAUCAGAGUGUCAUGGUCCAUCCCUAGUGCCAAGGACAGCAAUGGAAAAAUCACCAAAUACGAGGUCGUGUUGUACAAACCAAAUGGCGAGAAGGAAACGUACGUGAAUGAGGAGAAGACGCUGUCAAAGGACAUUAGUGGCCUGGAAACUAAUCAACAGUAUUACGUAGGUGUGAGGGCUUACACAAGAGUGGGGCCUGGGCCCUACAGCAACAAUCUCACCUAUUUAUCAGAGGAAGCUAACCAAGGAUCGGAAAUAACGCGUGCUUUGGAGAAACUCAACAGGGUCCCAGUAACGGAUACCAAUGCACUUAAAGUUAUGAAAGAAGUAAAAAAUAUUACAUCGAAAUCUUCGGAACUGCAAGAGAAGGAUAUCUCCAUUACAGCACACAUUCUUCACAAGGUGGUCAAGACAAACACCACGUCAUCUGAUGUUGGUGAUCACGUGUUAGACACCAUUAGUCACGUGAUGGACGCUAAGACUGAUGUCUUGCAGAAAACGCAAAAACAGUACAACACAUCCGCUAAAUUUGUCAAGAUUCUUGACGAUUAUAUCGAGAAAGGUGGAGAGUUCAGCAAAAGUACCUCGAACAUUGCUGUUCACAGAGAGUUAGUUAAAGACACUUUCAGGGGUAUUCAUCUGACUGUUCAAACGAGCAAGGACAAAAUCGCUAUUAACGCGACCGUGAAUUCCACAAGCGGCGAAGACGAAGCAAGUGUGACAAUACCCAGGUCGGUUCUAAACUCCACUGAUAACACUACGUUAAUUGUUGUUUACUAUCGCACAAGCGUUCUUUUUGCGCCGGAAUAUCGCAGAACUGAGGUCUGUGAGGAUAGCUUUACUACAGAAAAGGUCUCCAAAGUGGAACGGUCGCCUCCUUCUUCGCGUUAUACAAUGGAAAACUCCAGUGGUGAUGUUGUCACAGAGAGCAGUCCAGUGCUCGCUGCAAGUUUGAGGAAAAGACACGUGGCAAACCUCUCCUCGCCCAUUAUUAUCAAGUUCCAAAUGCCUCGUGACCAGAUCAUCGAAAACAGCACAAGAUGUGUGUGGUGGGAUUUCGAAAAGAAUGGAUGGUCCAAAGCUGGUUGUUCUCUUCGCGACAUAGUUAAUGACACGAUUAUUUGCGAGUGUGAUCACAUGACCAACUUUGCAGCUUUAGUGGAUGUCGAUGGUCCUUCAACCAAGGCGUGUGGUAAACAUUCCAUGGUGUUGUCACUCAUUAGCUACAUAGGCUGCGCACUGUCUAUUUUGGGACUAACGCUGACCAUUUUCACUUUUGGAUUUUUCAAAAAGCUUCGAAAGGAUCAGAUUGCAGCCAAGAUUCUGUUACACCUGUGUGCCUCGCUUCUGUGUGUGCUGAUUGUGUUUGUCGCAGGGGUGGAGAGGGGUGGGGUGUCUGAGAACGCAUGCCGAAUCGUGGCAGCGCUCAUUCAUUAUUUCCUACUGGUCGCGUUUUUGUGGAUGUUGAUCGAGGCUUACUUCAUGUACCAAGCAUUUGUUAAAGUGUUCAGAGAUUAUGGUGAUUACGUCAUGUGGAAGUGUGCCGCAAUGGGUUGGGGUCUGCCUUUCAUCGUUGUAAUUGUCACUCUUGCUGUGGAUAAAAGUAGUUAUGGUGGAAAACACUAUUGUCGUCUUGGAGACAUAGCGUUCUUUGCGGCGUUCAUGGCGCCUGUUUUGCUUGUUAUUCUCAUUAACACGGUCACGUUCUCGUUAAUCAUGUACAAACUGGCGACGCGCCCGCCAAACGCCGCUGACCCAGAACGUGGCUCCGAAGGGCUGCUUAAAAUCAAAAGAGCGUUUGGAAUUCUCAUUCUGGUCGGCAUCACGUGGAUGUUUGGUUUCUUUGCCAUAAGUGAAGCUCGUCUCGUGUUCCAGUAUCUCUUCGCUAUCUUCAACAGCCUUCAAGGCUUUGCAAUCUUCGUGUUUUAUUGCGUGAUCCAGAAGAAAGUCCGGGAGUGUUGGUGGGCUCUGUUGACAUGUAAUCUACGCAGUCUCAAGAAGUCGAAGUCGCUGUUCACGGACUCCUACGACCGCAGGCGGUUGUCAUCAGCCAGCAGGGUACAGCUUGAUGCUAUGAGGGCCAGGAGCAACACCGCUCUUUCUCAAGUGCUUCAAAUGCCGUUACGUAAAGUGAGUAGUGUCCCGGAUGUGGUUCGGGAAAAAGGUGGCACGAAUAAUUGUCAUUACCAUAGCAACAUCGUUUACGAAGACGACCGACCGCGGAUGCCUACUGUAUCGAUUGAACCAAGCGUCUAUGAGCUGAGCGGAAGCCAGGCAAUAGAAGUCAACGAAUCUAUGGACGAACUUUCUGCUGGAAUGUCAUAUGGUUCUGCGUCCAGGUCACCAAGUCUCAGGUCUCACGCAAUCACUGUCAGGCAGUCUCGAGACCCGAGCGUCCGCGGCUCUGAAGUCACGGUGAAUUCUGCGAAGUCGACGCCAAAGGCUUUACGGGUACCACGCAUCAAUGGACUGCGUUCGGCUGGCGCUCUUAACUGGUCACGCGAAUGUGUGCCCGUCAAAGAGACUCUGAAAAGAACCGUUUCACACACUCCCGAGGUCCAGAGACCGACCAAUAAGGGCUCGUCUCUGAGAAGAACUAAAUCUGCUUGUUCAUUAGCUGAUGAUACACGGUUUAGCGCAGAUUUUAGCAUAUGCAGUGAUCAGACUUCAUGCGAAUCGUUGAGCUCAGAGGCUCAAACACCCACGAUAAAGAAGCAUCUUGGUCUCCCAUUUGACAACCUUGGUGUGCAAAUUGUAGGUCCACUUAGAGGUUCAAUAAGAGGAAUCGUUGGAUAUGUGGAAACUACUGUAGAAAAUUUUGACUUGUUGAUUGACGCCGAGAGACUAAGAUCAAUGUCUUCACCGGACCCAUCAGUCCAUCAAGUGCAAAGACAUUGAUAAAGACACGAAAUAGAAGUAUGACUUCCAAAUAGACUGCGUCGAGUUGUACAAAUUAUUGUAAACACAAGACAAUCGUUGACGAUAUUGAGUUUUGUUCCUGUUUUAAGGAACGUUCAACUGAGAUUCUGGCAGCAAUGGUCUACUGCGUCACGUUACGCUUUCUGGCGCAUUGCGUGACAAUCCAGGUAACGGUUGUCACGAAACGUCACGAUAGGAACCCAUCGUUGUCGAGCAGUGUGGAUCUGCUCGUGUUUUCUUAUUGGUCGAGUGGUCCGACCUGGUCGUAUGCUUCGACCAUUGUUUAAUGACUGCGAAGUUUAUAUUGCUUGUAAAUAAUAAAAUUUAAUAAUGUAAGCUUAGCUUCCGACUCUCCGGUUUUAAAUCCUUGAUUUAAGCUGGACAGAUUGUUGUUCUCUCUGGAAUAAAGGAAUAUAGAUAAUAUCA